CUGUAGGUAACAGAUAAUGUCCACGAUUUCUUGUUCUGUUCCGUGCUAUAAGUAAAAUUUACAAUAAAAUUUACUACUAAAAGAAAAAGGAAAAUUAAGAAACAUAAAUUAUUGUUAAAUAGAAAUAACUUCUGAAUAUUUUUCCUCUUCACAUGUUAUAUAUUUUUAUAUUUUUGCCGUAUUAACAAAAUUUGCUUUAUCGAGGGUGUGGAUCAGUAAAGUAGUUUACAAAACAAUCUCGAUCGAGUUGCACUUGUUAUUUGCUUUUAAAAGCGCGACCUGAGAACCAUAGAGAGAAAGAAAGAGAGUUUUUAAAAGCGAUAUCGCCACGUGACAAAAUAACCUAUAAGUAUUAUUUACACACGCAACGAUGAAUGACGCUGACGAAGAAAGAUUAUCAAAUAUGUUAGAUGUGACAAACAGCAAUGUGGAUUCAAUACAGAAAGAAACAUCAGUGAUGAAUCAGGGGCAUACAAAACGAGUUGAUCCGAAAGCCGAACGUGAGAGGUUAUAUAUUCCAAAGGGCAAACCAAAAUCUGGCAGGAUAUGGAAAGAACAAAAGACAAAAUUUUCCUCUAUAAUCAAAACACGUGGGAUUAGGUUAUCCCUUACUAAGAAACAAAAAUUAAGAGAGGAUCUUAAACGCGUUAAGGACAUGUCAAGAGCAAUCAAAUUACAAAAACAGGAGGAGAAGGAGGCAAAGAAACAACGAAGAAUAGAAAAUUUAAAGAGAGCUGAGGAGAAUAGGAAGAAAAGUGAAAUUGUACAAGUUAUCACAAAUACUGCAAAGAUAAAACGAAUGAGAAAGAAACAGUUGCGAAUGAUUGAAAAGCGAGAUAUAACCAAUGUGCAACGCACAGUAUAAUAUGGAUGAAAUUAUAGAAACUUUCAUGUCUCGUACGUACCUCGACUCCACCAUCAAUAUCGCGCCCCAAUCGUUUAUGUGUCUGAUGCAACGACCCAGUGCUUGAUUCAACGUCCUGAACGCGUUUAUAUUAUACCAGUCUAAACCGG